AGUCAUCGAUGUAAAUCUAUCAGGUUACAAAUCACGUGCUGACAAAUCUAAAAGUCCAAACGAAAGCGAAAGAUUGAGUUGUUUUGAAGAUUCAAUCAGUGCGGGUUCAAGAAAUCAACAAACACUGACACCAGAGUGAAGAUGGCAGAACCCAGAAAUCAGCUUCACAAGAUUGCUGGAAAGAAAUGCUACAUCCUUAUACCUGGAAGAACCUUCCAGUCUCAAGAAGCCUACAUAAACAAUUACCUUGAAGAACUGACUGGUCUGGAGAUGGCGCCCAGUGUGGAAGAGUGUGAUGUCAUUUUGGUUUUUUGCGCCAUUCAUUCUCGGGCUGGAACUGACAUCGACUCUGCAGUGAAACAACUAAAUGCCUUGUCACCAUCUAAACCCGCUGUUUUUAUGGUGGGCCAUCACACGUUUGACUCAGAGAAGACGGUAACAGACAGCAACAAAUAUGUGACCAGGAUGAAUACAUUAACAGUGGAUUGUCUAUUCAAUGAAGAUCUCCUUCUGAACUUCCCGAGGAACAUGGAAACUCUGGAGAAAAUAAAAGAAUGGCUGCUACAACAGGACACACAGAAACCAUCAGAAGAAUGUUUGGACAAACUAAGAGUUUCAUCAGAACUGAUACUCGUGCUGCUGGGCACAUCUGGGUAUGAGAAGACUGCAGUUGCAAACAUGAUAUUUGGCAGAGAAGACAGUCAGGAGGAUUUAUCUCAGGCCACCCAAAGGAAGACCAUAGUGGAGGAUGGAGAGGUGUGUGUGGAUGUGGAGGGGGAACAUGAAAGGUGGAAAGUGGUUCUUUUCAACACUCCUGACAAGUUAAGCUCUGGACACUUUGAGGAAGAAAUGCAGCAAAGUUUAUUUCUCAUCAGCCUGAUUAGCCAGAAACCUUACGCUUUGCUCCUAGUCAUAUCAGAAAAGCCAUGUACCGAAGAGAGAGAGACAGCAGUGAAAAUGAAAGAUUUUCUUCAGGAGAGAUUCAGCGACAGGCUCUUGAUCAUUUUUACUGUUACAGAUGAACCAAAGCUGAUUGGAAAUGUUGUCCAAGAACAAUGUGAUCAUGUCCUCAACAUUAGUCAGAGAGAGGACAGAUCUCAGGUUUCAAAGCUGAUGAAGAAGGUAGAGGAGAAGCUGCCAGGACGUUUUAAGAGUAGUGAAUUAACUGAUUCUAAAAUAGAAACAGCUAUAACAAACUCAAAACAGGUGCUGAUAGGAGAGGCUAGGGAUUACAAAAAAAGGACACUGAAAAAUCCUACGCAUACAGUCUGGUUCUCACCAGAACCCAAUGAGCCUUUUGUAUUAAUGAGCAAAGUGUCAUAUAUGGAGUAGUUUAUAUCCUGCAUUAAAACCAGGAUGAUAUACAAAGCCCAUGUUUAGCAAAAUGCAUAAUAUGAAUACAAAAGCUGAAAUGCCACAUUAUUGUAAUGUGUGUUAUGCAGAACAAUUGAAUCAUUUAACAUACUCUUGUUCUUUCACUUUUCAAUAUAAAACACACCAAAUGUUCCAAUAUCUUGGCUGGGAGAGCACAGAUAAUCAUUGAAUGAUCAUUGAUUGAGUGUGUUUUAAAUUUGAAAGAAGGACUUUGGAUGGCGUUUGUGUUUGUGUAAAAUUGGUAUUUCCCUCACUGACUUGAUUAAGGGAACUGUGUUUUCUUUUGCUUUCACGUGAUUUAAAUAAAUCUAAAAUGUGUAUACAUGUUUGUUCAUAUACUGUA